AUGAGCGCUGAGCGCAUCGAUUCUCGCAACAAGCGCACCUUCACCAAGGCCUGCCUGUUACCGUCCUUCAUGUCUACGCCUCAAACCCGUACGAUCUACCAGAACCUGGUCGAUAGCGAUGCACCGCCUAUCAAGUUAUAUACCCUUCUCGAGUCAUUAUUGACUGAGGAGCUGAUCCAGGAAUUGCUCUCGGGCGCGCCCUCGUCGCCUUUGCCCAUCCCCAUCCGUAUCGGUAUUUCCCCAGCGUACAGCUCCGCCGGGACGCUGUGCGCCAUUGCCCUCGCCAGCGAAACUGUCGCUCUGAUCAUCCAAUUCAACAACGAGGCAAACGCACAAAGGGAGAUGUUGUCCUCCCAAGUCUUUUGCAAUGCCGAUUGCUUCCUCUACGCGUUUGAUCUAGGACCCUUGGCAGCGGCAUUGUAUCUAGAUCGUAAACUGCGCAUGCUCAACGGUAUCGACGUCCAGGAUGCGUGCUUACCAGGAGAGGGUUCCGAUCGUGACCCAUUCGCUGCUAUCAAGUUCGCAGUAGGAGAAGACGAGCAAUUAUACAAGGAGAACAUAGACAGCGCGUUCGAAGACCUUACAUGGGACACGUCCCUGCCACGAUGCUUCAACUCAGUCGCUCUCCGGGCGUGGGUUGCCCGCUAUCUGCCGAACAUCGCCGACAUGGAGGAGCGCUUCAAUGGUGUCAAGCGAGUGAAUACGCAAGACAUGGAUGACGAGUACGUGAAAUUGAUUGCGCAGUUCGCGCGGGGCGACCAGCGCCUAGCCGCGAAGAAGACGAACACAACAGCGCACGACUUCAAGACAUUGUUCACCAAUAAGCAGAAGGCCAAGUUGACGGCUGAUCGGUUUCAGGAUCGGUUUAGGAAGAACUCCGAUAUGCAACUGAGAGUUUGUGACGCCACCGGCGCAGAAUACUUGACCCGUGGAGGAACCGCUGUCGUCGCAGGACGAUCGGCUACUAUUGAAACAGCAGAUCGUCUCGAAGGCAAGACUAUAUUGGGGGUUACCACCCUGAAUGCAGCGAAGCCGACCAUCGUCGACAGACAGAAGGCCUAUCAUUCACUGCGCGCUUUUCAGGGGCAUGUUCAUCUCUUGACCAAUCCAUUCUUGAAGUACAUUCUCCAGCCUAGUCAGGAGUUCAGCUGGCCAGAGGAGUUCAUAUCCACAGAUACCAUUCCCCCUGUUCUAUCUGAUUGA